AGUCUCGUUUCUUACUUUAGUACGUGAAGAUCAAAGAAACUUAAAAUAUGGAUCAUUUGGAUAAAAGACAUUUUUCUGUGAUAGACUACACCUGCUUUGUGAUAGUGCUUCUGUUCUCAGCAAUAAUUGGAUUUUAUCAUGGAGCCAGGUCCAAGAAGAGCCCUAGCAGUAAGGAAGACUACCUCCUCGGAGGCAGAAGCAUGAGUGUUGUACCAGUUAUAUGCUCCCUUGUGGCAACUUCAGCAUCCGGAAUGACUAUUGUUGGCCUAUCCGCUGAGGCCUAUGCUUACGGUAUCCAUUCUUGGAUGCUAUGUGUAUCUCUUUUGGUGGGAAACUUUGCCUUUAUUCAGGUGUUUUUUCCUGUGCUACGUGAACUCAAAGUAGCCUCAAGUUUUGAGUAUCUCGAAAUGAGAUUCAACCGGAGUGUUAGAAUAUUUGCAAGUGGAAUUUACACCUUGGCAGUAUUGAUCCAAGUCCCUGUGACUGUUUAUAUUCCAGCCUUGGUUUUCCAAAAUGUUACUGGUAUUCAUGUUUAUGCGACUGUUACUGCACUUUCCAUCUUAUGUGCCUCUUAUACGGCCAUCGGGGGCUUUCGGGCUGUGGUCUGGACAGAUGUCUUCCAGUUGACCCUUAUGGCCCUGUCCUGUUGCAUUAUUGCGACUGUGGGAGUUACUGCGGUUGGGGGAAUUGAGAACGUUUGGAAUGCAGCAGAACGAGGUGGAAGAUUGAACUGGAUCAAUUUAACUAACGUAAGCAGUAGGACCACUAUUUGGACUUACUUCAAUGGAGCAAUCAUUGCCAUCUACCAAUUUGGAUUGAACCAAGCGAAUGUCCAGAGAUAUCUAUCACUAUCAACCAUGAAAGAAGUUAAAGCUGCGUCCUGGAUAGUGACUGUACUAUUUGGAGCUUUCAUAUGCCUGUCUCAACUUAUGGGUGCAAUAAUGUACACAUCGUACGAAACAUGUGAUCCCUUGAGAAGAGGUUUCAUUACCGCAAUGGAUCAAAUCCUUCCGUACUUUGUUCGAGAUAAAGCUUCUUUCUUAACUGGCUUCAAUGGGAUAUUCAUAGCAGGCAUCUUUGCAGCUGGCCUGUCCACAACAUCCUCUUUCUUAAAUGCUCUGGGUGGAAGUAUCUAUGAGGAUUUCUUAAGCUACCGCUUAGUGAGCAUUUCGGAGAGUACAGCCAAAAACAUAAUGAGAGCCAUCGUAUUAAUUCUCGGUGUAAUUCAAGUGCCAAUGGUGUUUGCAAUUGAGAAAAUGGGAAUGUUAUUUCAGAUACAGAUGCAAGUAAUGUCAGUAGCUACUUGUACUCUGUUUGGAUUCUUCACUGUCGGAAUUCUCUGCCCAAAAAUCAAUGGAAAGGGUGCUAAGGCGGGAGCUUGUGCAGGUGGAAUAGUUAUUGCUAUUCUAAUUGUCGGUGGAAUGUCUAACAAGACAGAACCACCCCUACCUCUAAGGACAGAUGGAUGUGGAUCCCAAUUUAAUUCAACUGAAUUAACAUCUGCGAAUGUCCUGAAUAAUUCUCAAGAUACUGAAAGUGAGGAUGUCUUUUGGCUAUUUAAAAUUCCUUUUGUGUACUACUCCCUAAUAGGUUUAGUAAUCAAUCUUCUAACAAGUUAUAUUGUAAGUUUAUUAACUGGAGGUAACACUGUUGAAGAUCAGGGACUUUUAGCCCCAUUUUUGAGAGAUAAAACAAUUAAAACCAAUGAGGAACUUGAGCUUCAGCAAAAGAAAUUGUUGUUAAUAGAAAAGAGUUAAUAAACGUUGAAAUUAAUUAAA